AAGCGGGGUGGGCGCUGACCUAGCUCCACUUUCGCCCCACUGCCUUAGGUAGACGCGCACCCCCGUUGCACCUCGUCUGUUCACCAAGCCGCAAGCGCGUAAAAUUAAGGCGUUUGACUUUCCAUUAGCAUUUGAAGCCAUGUUGUCAAGCAAGAGCCUUACGCGAAUUGCAAGGGCAAAGCCCUGCGGGCUUGCUCCUUUGUCGGCUCGUCGGCCGGCUGUCGUUUCGCGCAUUGUGCCGGCAAUUGUCGCGCUUGCACCAAGCAGCAGCGGCAGGGAUGAGGGGUCCAAGGCAGCAUCUGCCGAAAGUGCGACGCAGACGCCUGUAGUCGCCAAUUCAGAUGCCGCACAGCUGGCAGCGGCCACUCCUGUGCCCAUUGCCCCUGGCAAUGCGCAACCGGAGGUGGCAACCGGCGGGGGCGAUGGCGGUGUCAACGGUGGCAGCAGCGGCGGCGGCGGUGGUGGUGGUGGCGGUGGUGAUGACAGCGGCAAGGGUGGUGACGAGGGCGAGGACCGUGUCCUAAACAUUGCCGAGGUGGAGGCCGCUGCUGCGGAGAAGAAGGUCAGCCUCCCAGCUGACAUGUUGGAGAUCGCCAAGAAGUACGGACUGCGCUCCUCCGUACUCAACGCAUUCUUCGCGGCCAGGGGCAUGUUUUUCACGGGUUUUGUCGUACGGACUCUGCCGUACUUCCGCGACCGCAUCCUGGCUGACCCCAUGUUCCUCUUCAAAGUGGGCGCGGAGGUGGUCAUCGACUCGGGUUGCGCCACUGUGGCGGAGGUGCGCAAACGCGGCAAGGACUUUUGGUCGGAGUUUGAGUUCUACCUGUCUGAUCUGCUGGUGGGUCUGGUGCUGGAUGUGGUGCUGGUGUCGCUGAUGGCGCCCGCGGCGGUGCUGGGCGGUGUCAGCCGGGCGGCCAUGAGCACAUCUCCGCUUCAGAAGUGGCUGGCCACCAUUCCCUCCGCCGUGUUCGAGGCCUCGGUGCCCGGCUUGAAGUCCUACGGUGUGGGCCAGCGGGUGGCUUGCCUGGGGGUCAAGUUCCUGGAGUACAGCCUGGCGGGCAUCUGCUGCGGACUCAUAGGGCAGGGGCUGGCCAACAGCCUCAUGAUGCUCAGGCGCCAGAUGCACGGCACCAAGGAGGACGAUGUGCCCGUGCCGCCGCUGUUCAAGACGGCGCUGGUGUGGGGCCUCUUCAUGGGAGUGUCCUCGAACACUCGCUACCAGAUUGUGUUUGGUCUGGAGCGGCUGGUGGACAUGACCAUUGCGCGCAAGGUGCCCGCAGCGGCCUACGCCACCACCGUCGCCAUCCGCUUCGUGAACAACGUCAUCGGAGGCGAGAACUUUAUCGACAUGGCGCGUUGGGCGGGUGUGCAGUGAGCAGGCGUGGGCAGCAGCGAGGUCGGGUGGUGAGGAAGAAGCUUACACGCUGCAGCGUACGGCAUGUGUGUGUGUGUGUGUGUGUAAAAAAGGGCGGCGAGUCGGGAUGUAAUGUGCGUGGGGUGAGGUUGUUUUCAGGGGCUUGAAGCUUCUUUCUGGCCUUGCAGUGCAGUGCAUCCUGGCGGCGAAAUGUAAUGGGGCGGGGUGGUGGUGGUGGUGGCGAAAGGAUUGACGUCCAUGGAGGGUAAAGUGGGUAAGUGGGCAUGACGUCUUGGCUCAACAGUUAACACUAAGCUCCAUGCAUGGGAGGGUGCUGGGGUAGGGUCUGUUAGGGCGUUGGGUCAGAAGGGUGCCGUGCGGGUUUGCGGGCUUGCAUGGAGAACCUCUGGAUUGACUGGAGGAGGCUUCAUGUGGCGGGCGGCGCGUGGUUGGGAUGCUGUUGGGAUGCUGUUUGGGCUAGGGAGUUGCGAGGGCCGUGUGUCAAAACAUGCUCGCAGCUGGCCAGUGGUUGCGUGACCUCCCUGCGGGCCGGCUGUGCUGCUGGCUGGCUGGGCGACACGUCAGGGAGGCCGCAGGUGGCGAGGGGAGAGUCUGCUUUACUGCACAUGCUACUAGCGACCGCAGCGCUGUUCGGGCACCGUUUCCCUGGUAGCACAUUCAGGGGUUUCCGAACUUUCCAUGUUCCACCACAUUCGCGAGGUAUGCGUGUUGCCGAAGGUGUUGUCGGGCCGGUUCAGGGACACCCUCAAACUUUGUGUGUCGCGCUGAAAACGGGGCCUGAUGGCGUGCGGGUCAACUUCCGGGGCAGCUACUUGUGGAAGCGCCGCUGCCGGGCUCGGUUCAACAUGCCUCAUUCAUUACGGUGGUUUGAAGGUUGAAGCUUUAUGGAAGGCAAAUCGGCUGGUUGCUGCGUUUUCUGUGCGGCGUAAGGCAUUCCUGGUUCUCCGACUGCCCGGCCGUUGCAAGCCGCGGCUGCUUGCGAGUAGGCGUACCGGUAUCCGAUGGCGGGCGCAGCGUAUUGUUAUAACGGUAUUCUGGUGCGUUGCGCUUUGGUUACUUGGCCUUGGUAUGCUUACUUAUUGAUUCCUUAGAAGAUGAAAAGGCGUGAUUUUUAGGUAUGCGGUAUCGAGCAGCAGGUUCUUCCGCUUGAGAAAGAAAUUUCGUAAUCAUUGGAGUACCAGCGUCUCGCGUUUGGCUAGAGCCAAUUACAAUCCUAUACGAGUAUUUGGUGCCACAUGCUGCGUAGCAACGUCUAUGUUGGGUUCUGGCAAAGGACCUUUCCGCAGAUAUGAUGCGCCCCCUUCAUCUGAGCUAAGAUGUUAAGCUAUGAUGUGAUUUCAGCAAAUACCAAUAGCCAUUCCCUUCUUCAACAAGUAACUAACGCUUGCUUAUGGAAUAGUGGAAUUAAAGGAGGAAGCCGGUAGGUGCCCCCGGUGACAGCGC